GAACCAGCACGUAACGGAAGGAGUCCGGAAAGCGUUGCAGUGGGACAACGAACCGAACAUCAGGGCGGCUUCCUAGGACCGCUGGAGGAAGAGGAGGAGGAGGAGGCAGCAGUGAUAUCCUAAAGUGCCUCUGGGCAUGUGCAGCGUGCUUACCCCUCACUGCUGUGUGUUUGCACACAUACAGUUCAAGCCUUCACAAGGGAUGCCGUCAUUCGCCUCAAAGACGUGGCCGCCACCUUCCUAGCUCCACAAAUACCUGUUCCAACGCUUCCAGAGAGGGCUUUGGUGCCCUCCCUGCAUCUCCCAAUCCAACCAGGACUCAAGUUGCUUGUCCUCAGGAAGUCUGCUGUGUUAAGUAAACGUGCAGCCUAAAAAGUGACUACAGAUGGACUAAGAAAAAGAACACAAAGGAAGUAUCCAGGACUGCAAUGGGAUGUGAGAGGAUUUCUGCAUGAAACAGAACCUGGUCCUAAACUGGGGUGAGAGAGCUUAUUUGGAGUUACCAUGGUGGGUGAAGACAACGUCUCUCUGAGGAAACGCCAAUCUCCGUACGGUUCUGCAGAGGACAAAGAUGGCUUGUCUACGAGGCUGGAGGGAGACUGGACAUUCUCAAAGUCCAGCAAUGGUCGCAUUGAUGUUGACCAUAUGAUAAAGAGGAAGAUGCAACUUAUGGCAGAGGCUGAGCAGUUGAAACCAGCUUUCAUGAAAGGUGUCGACAGCCACUUCACGGAGUUCAUAAAUGACUUCAUCGCAAAGUCGGCGUCAGUGGAGUCUUUUCCCUCGGCUUUCUCAGCGGCUUGUUCAGAGAACGACGGCUUCAAGACCAAAGGUUCAAGAACACCUCCAGAACAUGGGAAAGUGUUUAUUAUUAGGCGGUCCCUCCUGGAUGAGCUCUUUGAAGUGGAUCACAUCCGAACCAUCUACCACAUGUUCAUCGCCCUCCUCGUCCUGUUUAUUCUCAGCACGCUUGUGGUGGACUUCAUCGAUGAAGGACGGUUAGUGUUAGAGUUUGACCUCCUGAUCUACUGUUUCAACAAGCCGUCCAUCGUCGUCGCUGCCUGGCUCUGCAUGUUCUUGCCCACGUUGCUGGUGCCCUACAGCCUCUUGGUCCAGUGGGCCAAGGGCUACCACGAUUCCUCACACAAGACCACCCGCUCAGCCUUCUUCGGGACGCUCUUCAUGCUCUUCCAGACGGUCUGGCUUGGCGUCGGGCCGGUCUACAUCGCACUGGCCUACGACCUACCAGUAGCCUCUCGUCUCAUCGUCAUACUUGAGCAGGUACGAAUGAUGAUGAAAGCCCACUCGUUCGUCAGGGAGAAUGUUCCUCGGAUAACCGCUGCCGCACCACACAAGUCAGGCUCACUCCAACUGCCUAAAAUUUCCCAGUACCUGUAUUUCCUCUUUGCUCCCACCUUUAUUUACAGAGACAACUAUCCAAGGACACCAACAACAAGGUGGAGUUACGUAGCUACCAAAUUUGCACAGUUCCUAGGCUCUCUCUUCUAUGUUUACUACAUCUUCGUGCGACUCUGUAUUCCUGUGUAUCGGAACUACAGUCACGAGCAGUACAACAUUCGAGGGGUGGUGCUUUGCAUCUUCAACUCCAUUCUGCCAGGUGUUUUGAUUUUCUUCCUGGGAUUUUUCGCAUUCCUUCACUGCUGGCUUAAUGCUUUUGCUGAGAUGCUGCGCUUCGGUGACAGAAUGUUCUAUAAGGACUGGUGGAAUUCUACCUCUUUUGCAAAUUAUUACCGAACAUGGAAUGUGGUGGUACAUGACUGGCUGUAUUACUAUGUAUACAAAGACUUCAUUUCGCUGUUUGGGAAGAAAUGCAAAGCGGCCGCCAUGCUGUCGGUCUUCACGCUUUCUGCCAUGGUGCAUGAGUACGCCUUGAUCAUCGGCUUCGGUUACUUCUAUCCGGUCUUGUUCUGCCUCUUCAUGUGCUGUGGAAUGGUUUUCAACUUUAUUCUCCACGACCGUCGGGAAGGCCCCUUUUGGAACGUGUUCAUGUGGACGUCCCUCUUCCUCGGGCAGGGCAUUCUGAUCUGCCUUUACAGCCAGGAGUGGUACGCCCGUCUGAACUGCCCUGUGAAGAACCCCACCUUCCUGGACUAUGUGCAGCCGCGCUCCUGGACUUGCUAUCUAAAGAUGUGAAGUCCUCUCAGAUUUGUCUCUGGACCAAGGCCAGCAAAACAACAACCAAACCUUGAACCAGUGAUAUAAAAACUUUAGCUCUGGCCAGCAAUGGCCUUGUGUCGCUCAAGGCAUUUUGGACGGUCACGGGCUAAGCAGGCAGGUCUCCAUUCCAUGAGCAGCUCCAACCUGAGCCAUUUUCAUGCUGGUCUUGAAAGCUGCUGAAAAGUUGGUGUAAGAAUUCCAGUGUUGAUUUGGCCUAUUGCAAGCAGUGGUCUCUAUCGCUCCUUUUCUCUCACACUCUCCAGGAAGGGCAGUAUUGUGUUUCCGGGUUAGCCUUGCUGGCCCAGCUCUGACAUUCCUUCAGAAGCAUCCUUUGAAAUGGGACAUUUGCUCAGUGUUUUUGGUGUCCUUUGGCUUACUGGUCUGACCUUCCUCUGACCACACGCAGAAGACAUGAGGGAGAGUCCGAGGCUUUCUCUUAAGGGUACAAUUCUCGUGGAGGUUCUUGUCUUUCCAAAAGCACAGCACAAGGAGGGCUGGGUGAGGGAAAAGGCGUUCCUUGGGUGCUCUUCCAGCCAGGCAGCUACGGUUACUUGCGGUCUGAAUUUAUGGAUGCUCGGAUGGAGCCGUCGCAGCAGGGGUUAACAGCUUUUUUCAAGGAAGUAUCCCUAAUGUAUGCUUUUGAUUUUGAUUGAUCUGUUCAUAAUUCGGGGGGCGAGGUGACAAGAGCAGGUAUUUAUAGAAAUUUUGAAUCGCCCUGAAGAGAAUUGGUCAGGUGUCUAACAUCCUCAAAGGUUUAUGUGACUGCCUCUGUGAAUAGGAACAGUGAAUUGUGAAAGGCAUGCUUAACUAUUUGCUCUGAUGUUUUCAAGCUUAAUAUUUUUUUCUUUUGAAACGAAUCCGUCCUGAUUUAAUGGCUGAAUAUGCCUUUGGAUAUUUAGCCUCUUAAUGUGAUUUGCCUCUUCCUGUUAUGUUCACUUGUCUUUCAGCAGCUAAUCCGGAAAGAUGGGCAUGACAUUUCGUACUAAAGUUGUCCAUUAAAUGUCAUGCCUACUGCAGUGUAAGCAGCUGUCAUUCUCUGUUCCAGAGAUAGUUUGUUGUCUUGUGAGUUGCACUACCAAUGCAGGCAGUGGCCUGGAUCUGGCUGCCUCCUUCGACGCACGGCGAACUGGUGUGUGUGAUAAAGACGGGCACAGCCUCUCUAAAGGCUGCAGUGACAAAGCACAUGUUCUGGGCUUCACGCAGUCCUCUGCUCUGCUUAGGGCCAAACCAGGGGUGACGGUUUUCCUGCAACUAGUAAUUGCACGAUCCUUUAGAAGCCCAAGUAAAGCGAUGACUGGUCUGGGUGAGGACCUGACGCAGCCUGUACGCUGCGUUCUGUCAGCGCACUCUCCGUAUUAAGGAAUGCUGGUCAGGGCAGCUGGUCCCACACUGCGUUGUUUUGGCGUUACUCGUUCGCAGUUACUGUUGUGGCUGGGGGGGGGGGUGCGAAUAUGGUUUGUGUGGAAGAACAAAGGCUUGGAAUGGCCCUUCUGCACCAGUUGAAAUGCGAGGAAGCUCAGAAAGGCGCUGUGCCCAGGGCCAAACAUUGGCUGAGAUCUCCAUUGGAAAGGGUGCUGGGUACAGUUCAUGGCUGGUCGUUGGUGGUCUGUGGAGAGGGCUCAGCCAUUGGCAGCGGUUCUUCCCCCAUCUGGGCUCACUGGAGCCCGGCUAGUAGCCCAUCGGUAGCCUUUAGCCCAGAAUAACGUUCUUCAGCCUGAUGACUAGACUCGCAGCAUUCCAGACCCACUUUGUGGAGGCUGAUAGGUGCUGAAGUCCAAAAUGUCUGGAAGUCACCAGGUUGGGGACAGCUGGUCUGGCACCUUCUUCCUAGCCAUUUGAAGGCCCAUCUGGGACCUGUUUCAAAACAAAAGGGAAAAAGUAGAGAGAGGCAUAUUCUGUGUACCAAAACUCCUGUCCUUUGUUUUGCUUUUGAGGUGGUGCUCUAGGAAUUGCUGGGCACGGGCAACUUCCUUCCCGUGUCGCUUAACUGCAGCAAAAUGAAAUUUCAGUUUAUUUCAGGCUUGUACUUCAGGAAAGGAACCAUGUGUCCUCAGUCCCAUUUUGGGACAGUGAAAAGGCACCGAACCAACUUAGUUAUUUUAAAGGCCUCUUCCCCACUGCUGAAUUUCCAACCACUGUGAUCGCUUUUGUAUUUGUUAAAAGAUGCCAAUCUUAUAUAAAAUUUAGGCUUUCCUUUUUAAAAUAUAGCAGUGUUACAGAUUAGAUUACCAUAAAAAAUACCCUUUGUUUUUCUUAGCCCAUUUUAGCGGGAAGAGUUUUCAAAGUGAAACUGGCUUUUCCUAAAGACUAACCACAUUUUUUUAGAAAAAUCACGACAAGAAGAAUGUUACACCUAUUUGAUGUUUUGUAAUAUUUUGUGGCUAAACAAUAAACAGCUAACAAGCACGCUGAUGUUGUGAUUCUGGAAUGAAUGGGUUGUGCCUUUCUAAAGAACACAGUUCUAAUUUUUUUGGUUCCAAGUGAGAUGAGUCGGCCCUUCACGUGCAAAAACAAGUAUAUUCUUGGAUCCGCAGCCGGAGAACCCAAGACAGACUUUCUGCACAAGCUGAGGAACAUUUACUGAGAAAUACUGAACCAAAAGAGAUGAGUGGAGGGAGUGCAGAGUCGUGAUCUUGGCAGGCGGCAGUAGUUGCUGGCAGCCCACUUUGCGGAAGGCACGACAGGCCGAUUACUUCCUGACUGGGGCUUUGCACAUUCCUGCACGGUCGAAGUUGACUAAAGUUCCUUUUAGCCUGUCUCUCCUAUUCUCUUAAUACUUGGAUAUUCAGACCCCAAACAGCGCGGUGUGAAAUUAGCUGUGGGAAACCUAUCCUUGAAAUGUGUCAGGAACACCUCGGAAGGUUUUUUUUUUAAAAGGCUAAUCCCAUGGAGCUCUUGAAAUCUAUACAUGUUUAGGGCUGUGCCGCCAUGUCUGGGAAAGGGCUGCUGGUUCAGGCCUGCCCAGGUGGCUUGGUUUUUAAAUUACAUGGGUGUUGCAGGAUAAGCCCCUGAAAACAAGUUCAGUCCUGUGUGAUUGGAUCCCUCACGUGCAGGCUGUUAAUACUGCAACAGCGGUCCAGGUCUCGCUCUACAUGGUAUUGCUGGUGGUAUGCAGGUUGCGUCUGUAAUUUUGUUUGCAUCUUCCUCUUACACAGAUUGUGUCUUUAAUUUCUGUGUGCAUCUUUCUCUUACGCAGAUUGUCUGUAAUUUCUGUUUGCAUCUUUCUCUUACACAGAUUGUGUCUGUAAUUUCUGUUUGCAUCUUUCUCUUACGCAGAUUGUGUCUGUAAUUUCUGUUUGCAUCUUUCUCUUCAGCCCUAGUGUCCAUUUGCUUGGAAGCGUUGCUUUCUUUGUUACAGCACUGGAAUGUGUGGCUGUGAAACUCUUGGCCAAAGUAUUUUUGCACUGAGUGUCCACCAGACAGGAUAAAGAUCUGAUGUUUGUGAGCUGUGUUUGGUGAACCAAACUGACUGUCCUAUUAGCAUAUAUUCCUUUAAUACGGUACAACGUAUAGGUUGUGGGCAGACCAACUAACUGAACAGUAAUGUGUACCAUCUGGGGAGUCUGAAACAACAACCCGUUGGCUAAAUCAAGUGUUCCCAAUUUUAUCUAGCUAAUGUAGAUGUUUUUGAUUAAUUAUUUUGGAUGAUGGAAAAAGUACGACAUGGAGUGGAUAUCAUGAACAGUUAGUUGGACUUAUGCCCAAGGUCCAGUAAAACAUUUAACUUGACCCUUAACUUAAAACUCACCAAUACAAUAUGCCAAUGCCUUGUGCAAUUUCCAGAUGAAUCUGAUGAAACAAACAUUGUUUAACAAGCUUACAUUGAUCAUGAUUCUAAAGGCUGCCCACCUGUAGUUCCUGUGUAGAGAUGUGAACUUCAUUAUGAAUGCCUAAUUAUCAUUAUGGGAAAAACAGGGUUCUCUUCCUGGAAUGCUACAAACUGCAUACGUGCAGCUUUGAAAAACUGUAAAAUCCACUCUUUGCUUGUGCCAAGUUAGUUGUUUUUGAAGGUACGGUAUUUAUCUUUGUAAGAUGGUCUCUGAUCUAUUCAAAGAGUUUGCAUACGUUCUGUCCUUUUCUGCUGCUUGUUUGAAGAGAAUCACCUGAACCUCUGUCUUUAGAAAAAAAUACGAUAAAAUAAAAUCCUGUUUGUUUUGGGAAUUACAUGUCUUUUUUAAAGGGAGAAAAGGGAACAUUAAUAUCCCAAUUUUAAAUGAAUUUUUGUUUUGAGUUUGAAUUUCUGAAUUUGAGCAGGGCAUCACUUUAAUAUCUGAAUAAAAAUAUGCCUUUUGUACAGAGAUCUGUAUAGGUCAAGUGGCUGCAAGGCAUCCGUUUAACUUGAGUAGGCUGUUGGAUUCGUUCAGCAAAUGAAGAAUUACCUGGCUGAGGGAGCAACAAAGUUUUGCAGAGAUGCUAGUGGAAGGAGGAAAUUCAGCCGCACUUGACUGAAUGGGAUCACCCACCAUAUCUUGCAGCUUCUGUAAUGUACAAACUGAAGAUCUUAGGAAGUGGUUUACUGGGGUGAUAUAAUUCUGUUAACUGAUUCCAAAAUGGAUUGUUCUGUCUGUUGCGACUUGUUCUGCCACCUGCAAAGAUUUAUAUGAUCUGUACUUCAGAAAUUGAAAUAUAUUUUGCUAUCUAUGAAA